AGUGACACUUGACGUUUGACGUUUGACGUUCGGCACGCGCCUGACUUCAGGCGACACGCGAGACGCCGACGCGGAAGAGCCGCUCGUCGCGACCUCUCUGAGGAUGCGGCGGAGGCACGCGUCGCCAACGAAACAUGGCGUAUGUUUUGUUUGUGUGCGCGAGGAUGGUUAUGCGCCGAGUGUUUAGCAGCGGCCGCAAGCUUGAAUAAUUCACAAUUUCGAUAUCCUACGGACCUGGAGAACGGGCGAUCCUCGCAUGUGUCCGAAUCGGUCCAUGGACGUUGCGUGAAAAACGCGAUGAACGCGACGAGUCUGUACGUGUCUACGUGUCGACUGGUGCUGCAGGCGGAUGCCGAGGAUCCCAACUCCUGGACGGACCUCUACAGGCUGGUGCCCUAUCUACGGCAGAGCCUCAGCUGCACCGUCUGCUCCAACCUGCUCAUCGAGCCGCACACGCCUACCGAGACCAACUGUCAGCAUCACGUGUGCCGGGGAUGCCGCGGUGGCCGCAAGAAGCUGAAACCUUCGUGCGGCUGGUGCAAGGACUACGACAAGUACGUGGAGAACGUGCAGCUGCGGAUACUGUUGCAGUGCUAUAAGAAGCUGUGCGAGUACCUGACCAGCACCGGUAUCUACCGUACCCUCCUGCUGUCCGUGACGUCUGCGAACAGUGCCACCACCAAUGGAGCACCGUCCACCAUCGGUGCCACCAGCCUCAUGGAGCUUAUCCAGGAAGGGGCGGGCUUCAAAGAUGAGUUCAAGAGCAACGCUGGCCUGUCCAAGUCAGCGUAUAGCAUCCUACCGUGCGUUUACACCAGCACGACCUCGACACAGACACAGGGAAACAGUGUUCAGGUCACUGAGGCGAUAUCCCAGAGUAUACCUGAAUCGCCAACGAUUCGUACGGUAUCGAAUGGAUCCUCUAUAUAUUCUGUGAUGUAUGCUGGAUCUGGUAACAAAAUUACGAUAAAACGUAAAGCGGCUGCUACAGAGGACAUGGAAACGAGUCAACAGGAGACGGAUGGAAGUCAACACAGCUCUGUAGGAGGGGUAAAAUGCAUUCCGUCUUCCCACCUUAGAUAUGGGACCCCUUCUGAGAAAAAAUCUUCAAAAGGCAGCAAAUCUUCAGGCAGUUUUAAGAAGCCAAGGUCAAGUUCUGCUAGAAGUAAAAGGAAAGGAUGCCGAUGUGGCAACGCCACUCCAAUACCUGGGAAACUUACCUGUUGUGGUCAAAGAUGUCCUUGUUAUGUGGAAAGUAAACCUUGCGUAGACUGUAGAUGUAGAGGUUGCAGAAAUCCUCAUACAGCAGAUGGAUUAAAGAUCCGUCCACAUAUACCUGAACUUCAUAAUUUACAAUUGCAAUUAUCCACUUCUUUGGAUUGCGAUGCACUAAGUGGAGAUCCUCUAGGAUCUGUACCGCAGUGUUUAUCGACGUCUCCUACAACAAUACAAGUUUUAAAUGUGUACUCCACCCCGAGAUUAGACAUUGAUAAUGUACCACAAAACUUACCUGCUGCUUUGUUAGUGGGGGAAGAUGCUAUGGUGAGUACUGAAAGUGAAGCGGAAGAUAGUGAUAUACAAAUUGAUGUGUGACAAAGUAUUUAAAUGAAUAUUACAAAGUGAUAAAAAAUACCUGUGGUAACAGAUUAUGACGAGUGCGCCAGAAAAGGACGCGUUAUGUAAAUAACUUACUCGAAUCUGGUUUGCAUUAAAAAUUAUAAAA